AGUCGUUGCGGAGGAGGGAAGCGAUGGCCGCCAGCGCGUACGACGUCGCGCGCGUGCCGGCCCUCGAGGCCAACGUGCGGCAGCAGUGCGCCGACGGCACAUAUGACCUCGACAAUAACCUCGCCCUCCUCAAGCUCUACCAGUUCCACCCGGAGAAGAGCGACUCGGCGGUGGUCGGCCGUGUGCUCGUGAAGGCGUUGACGCGGCUGCCCGCGUCGGACUACCUGAUGUGCACGUACCUCAUCCCGGAGCGGGUGCAGGAGGAGGAGCUCCUCGCGCAGGUCGCCGCCGUCGCCGCGCUGCUCGAGACGUGCCAGUUCCGCGGCGUGUGGGCGGCGCUGGAGCCGCUGCAGGAGCCGCUGCUGCAGCACAUCCCCGGCGUGGCCGACGCGCUCCGCGACUUCGUCGUGCACACGCUCGGGCUGACUUACCAGGCCAUCCCGGCCGCGCACGUGACUGCGUCGCUCGGGCUCGACGCGGCGGCGGCGGCGAAGCUGGUGGAGGCGCGGGGCUGGAGGGUCGAGGGCGAGCUGGUGCAGGUCGCGCUCAACGACGACAACCAGGCCAAGCCGCGCAAGGCCGCCGAGGAGGGCGGUGGCGCCCUGCAGCUCGGCCAGCUGACCAAGGUGAUGUCGGCCGCCUUUGGGCUGCACUAGCCGGCGUGCAUCCACCCCCCCCCCCCGGUAAAAUGUCCCCCCCGACCCUGCCCCGCCCCCCGACCCUGCCCCACCCCGCCAGAGAGUGGCUUGCCGCUCGCCGCUCGGCUGCAGGGGCGGUGGACAGGGACGGGUCGGGACCCCACACGGUGAGGUGGCAGCACGAGUUGCGCGCGCAGAGAGCGCACUGUUGGGGCUUCCGGGGCUUGGGGAAGAGGAGGGAGGAGACGGCGCGCCACCGGGACCCCACGCGUGUGGUUGGG